AUGACUGCAUCUCCGAGCAGGGUGCUGUCCCCUCGAGACUUCGGUAAACCUGUAUUACGUCGGCCUCAAUCGAGCGGCCGCAUCGCGCCCAUUUCGCCAAAGAGUGCACGAGCGCGCCCUCGGACACUGCCCAAGGUCACGUCCACGCUGGACUCGGCUCCUCCUGUACAGGAGCCCUUACCGGUACCUUCCUCUGUCAGGGUUGCAGCCUGGUGCAGUACCGUGGGAACUUCUUGCUCGUAUGACAAUCCCGAUUUCGCGCAUAGGAGAAGGGCGCAAUGCUCUAGAAAAUUAUCCUCCGACACAUUCGGCCGUAGAGACUCGGACAGUGAAGACUGUCCGUAUCCCACUCGUCAUUAUGAAGAUGAAGAUGGCGCGGAGAUGAGACAGUCGCUGUCCGCUUCAACCUACGAUUCCGGAGACGAGAAAGGCGCUCCAUCUGGCAAACAAAGAAGCUCAAACGGCGGAUUCAACGCCAGCCAGAGCACACCUCCCACUCCCCAGACAGCGGCAUGGCGUAAAGAGGCUGACGAGGAAUGGGAAGCUCGCUUCGACAGAAAGUUUAGAUCGUCGUCACAGCAUCUGUCUCCAAGGGCUAGUCUGCUAAACGCUGCAAGCACAGUCCACGAGAAAGGCAGCAGUCCCAAGGGGUCAACAGGCGUCUCUACAUCGUCAGCACCUCUUUUCAAGGUUCACAACCCUUUCUCUGACAAGACAGUAACAAGAGAGAUGAAGGUGACUGGCUCUGCUGGUGUACCCAACAGCUCGUCCUCCUACUUUCCUUCUCACGACCACUGGCGCCGCUCUUUGCCUCACAACAAUGACAGCGGAGCAACACAUUCCGAGUCCUGGAACGCCUGGAGAGAUCUUGGCGCGGGACAUCGGGUAAGCAUAGGCGGUAGCUCUAGGGGUCACCCUGAAGUGUCCGGCUCGACUGUCUCCAGGAACAACAGCAUGGUCAGCUCUACCAGCUCCUCCAGCCGCGUCCACCUAUCACAUCGUACCAGCAGUAACAAUUUCCUCGUCAGUCUCAUUGGGCGAGAUCUCAGCAGUCAUUCGGCCAACUCGGCAGAUGCUAGCGGAACCACUUCGGGGUCCGUGCUGCCUAAAGGCGAUCUCAAGCACCUUCUGAGACGAAGUUCGAAGCUGUCGAGGCCUCCAAGCACUGAGGGCCUCGUUCAACAGGGGAAGAAUGGUGCAACAGAGCGCUGCGAGGGCAAAGGCUCACCCCUCAAGACAGCUUUCCCCAGGCCAGAAGAGUCUCCGAGGGCUACCACAGCACCGUUCAUGCCAGCCAAGGCCAAGCGAAGGAUGUCAAUGCCUUCUCGUCAGGGCCAAUAUAGGCCUGCGAUUUCCAACGGCAUGGUGACAUCAUUCGUAGGUGACCAUGCCCCCUCUACUUCGACGUCCUAUAGACGUGACCGAGCACCGUCUGUUCAUAGGUAUGCAUCCGGACCGUCGUCAUCAAGUACCACAGCCGACGUCAUUCCAGCCGCAGGGACCGGUGACGCCAAGGUUCAUUCGCAGAAAGCUGCUCCAUCAUCGGUCUCGAUCAAUCGUGUCCCCACCAACUCUGACUCGACUAGCAGCACUCACCGCCCUCGCAGUCGGUCUGACGCCGAGGUCCAUCGUAGCGACGCACUGACAACGACCUACCCGCAGUAUUCUGCGUCCGUCUACCGAAGGGUCUUCGUUCCACCGGCACAGAUGGACCCCCAUGAUGAGGAGCAGCACGCAGGAUCCGAAGUCAGCGCGGGAGAAGAGUCCCGUGAGACCGAGCAAGUCGUCAGCAAGAACGUUGACGUCUUGACGCAAGAGCGGCGCGAACGCGUGGAGAAGCCCUCUUCCCUAGGUGAAGCAGCUACGCCAGACGUGCCCACAGAGUUGAUUCAGAACGCGCCAGUGAUGGCGCCGUCGCGUUCAAUUUCUCGCGAGAAAGACGACGCGACGCUUAUGUGCCGAACAAGCAGCUCCCGAAGCUCUCGCACAAUGGCUUCUGCGGGUGCCCUUCUCAGUCCGACCAAGCUGCUGAGGCGUCUUGCCUCGCGCGACGGUCUGUCCAGUAGCAGUAGCAAUCGUGGCCAAGGUUCUUCGCUGGAUGCGAUGCAUCUUGUCAGUCACUCACCUAGCAGACAAGUUCGACUACCGAAGCCAGAGGACAAGACGAUGGGGGACCGAAGCCCUGCCGACAGCACCUCAACCGGCCAAUCUGUAGAGACGAUCCGGGGAAAGCCGCUCUCCCGACCGAAGACUGCGCCAGCAGAGUCAGAAGCUCCCACGCGCAGUCGACGACCCAGUCUCAUUUGGACUGGCCACUCGGCUUCUGUCUCGCCAAGUGACCCAGCGCAGCUGGCCGGCCCUGAUGGCAGGCAAUUGCUGGAAGGAGUGCCCACAAGGUCUCACUCGUCAAUUGGACGAGAACAAUCACAGACCCUGGAGACAGCACCUUCGUCAUUAGGACUAUACAUGACGUCUUCUGACAGAACAAGUACUCUGGGCGAUGUCCCACCUCUGGACAGCACCAGCAGCAGCGAAAGUGCAUCGUUGGACUGUAGUCCCUACUCUGCUGUCAGCUGCGGUCUUCCUUCCCCAUUCUCACCCUCAGAGGAGGCGCGCAUAGUUCAGCCAGCGCUUAUAGCAGAAGCAGAAGCAAACGACGAGGAAGGGAGGAGCGCCUCGCCACUCUACCGCCCUCCGACUCAGUCAUUGUACCAGCGCAGACGAUCCUCAACGCUAUCUGCUGCGGGGGGAGUUGGUAUAACAAAGCCUCUGUCGCUCUUCCUUGACUCUACUCGCAAAGAAGCUGGAGAGUCAGAGGUAGGGAUGACGGGCCUUUACAACACCGUUCCGGCGCUACGUGUCGAUAUGGAUGUGCGAUCCAGCUCAGGCUUACGACCAGUUUCUCCGAGUCCAGCGUUGGCCCUCUCCCCCCCUUCCUCGCUACAUAGCGGAUCUCCUGGCUCUUCACCAAAUGGACAAGGUGUCCAUACCCCUGCGCCGCCCCGUCCGCCCAGAAGAAAUGUUGCAGCGGUUCGUCCGAUGUCGUACUUCGGCGUUGCGGGAACUACGCCGAACGGUCAGCCUGCAUUGACCCCACCAUCCCCUGCCAAUUCAGGUAACAUCCUUCUGGGGUCUGCAGGCGCCAAGGCUCCACAUGCUUGGGAAGGACAAGGCCAGCUCAGCGGCAGAGGUGCGCACCGUAGUGCUAGUCCUGGAAAGAAUACUUCGACUACCCGAGCACGCAUUGAGAAGUUCUUUGGUGGAGGUAUGAGCACUGGAAAGGCGAACGCAUUCAAGGGUGCAACGCCACCGUAG